AUGUCUCCGCCACCCACACCCUCCACCACCAUACCACCUCACCAUGUCCAUCCCCGACAUAGAAUCAACACCACCAACUACAACAACAACAACAACAACAACCAACAACAACAUGUACUCAAACAUGUACUCAAGCAUAACCACAACCACACCCACACCCACACCCACCAACCUCCCAUCCACACCACCUCCACCCCAACCCCCACAAUCCCCUGGACCCCAACAACACCACAAACCCGCCCACUAGCCAUAAUCGGCGCCGGCUGCCUCGGCCGGCGCAUCGCCUGCAUCUUCUCCGCAGCCGGCCACACCGUCCACCUCCGGGACCCCUCCGCCAAAGCCCGCACCGAAGCCCUCGAAUACAUCACCACGCACAUGCCCGAAUACACCGACUUUCCCUUAAUCCCCCGCCCGCAAGGCCCCUGCCACACCUUCUCCGACCUAGACACAUGUGUCCAAAAUGCCUGGCUAGUCAUCGAAUCCGUCCCCGAACGCUUACCACUCAAAAUCGAGGUAAUGGGGGAACUCGACGCCAAGACCCCUUCCGAUUGCAUAUUAGCGUCGAACUCCUCAUCAUUCAAAACGAGCUUCAUGGUGGAGAAAGUCCGGAGUGAACGUCGGCCCUUGAUAUGUAAUAUGCAUUUUGCCAUGCCGCCGAGGAUAAGAGCCGUGGAGUUGAUGACGAAUGGGGAGACGGAUUUACAGGUCUUGAGCUUUUUGACCUGGGUGUUGGAUGAUUGUGGGAUGAUGCCGGUUACGGCUAGGAAGGAGAGGAGUGGGUUGGUGAGGAGUCAUUGUUUGAAUACGGUUACUUAA